UGCGAACCCUCCGCUUAUGGUCAUUCGUAGAAUGUAGUACUUCGCUUCUAAUUAAAAUAACCAUUAUUUAUAGGUUCCCCGCAUCGGGCGGAUAUAAAAAGGCGUGUACGCCGGCCCUGCUCAAAUGCCAUUCGCCUGACGUUCGGCUGGAGCAGGCCCUUCACUAACUCCUACAAUGAGGUCUCUGUCCUUACUGCUGCUUCACCUUGUGGUGACACUGGCAAACGCUACUUCCUACAAGGACUGCCAAUUCAAGAUCAAGGAAAGCAUCGUUGCGCCACCGCGUGGUUGGGUCGAACACGCUCCUGCUCCCCCGAACCAUAUCCUGGAACUCAGGAUCGCUCUUCCCCAGCCAUACUUCCCCCUUCUGGAGAAACACCUCUGGGAAGUUAGUGACCCGACUCAUAAACGCUAUGGUGACUACCUGUCGAAGGAGGAGACCGAAGUUUUUUUGGCCCCAUACCCUUACACCGUCGACACCGUCAGCGAGUGGUUGGCCUCCUACGGCAUUUAUGAGGAACAUCUCUUUCGUUCAUCUGCCCAAGACUGGGUCACUGCUCGCGUUCCCGUCAGCCUAGCGGAGGAGAUGCUCGAUACUAAAUACUACAUCUACCGUCACUCAGAGACGGAUGAAUAUAUCGUCAGAACCACAAGCUAUAGCCUACCGGAAGUCUUGCACGAGCACAUACAAUUCAUACAGCCAACUACGAUGUUCGCUCGGUUCAAAGCGUUCAAGAGUACUAUGCACUGGACGACAGCCCCAUCAGUUGAUGUUAUCACCGGCGAUACUAUCAUAGGUCCUGCUGGAAACCAGAUCGAUGCCAGCUGCAACCAAACGAUAACCCCUGCAUGCCUGCGGCAGCUGUAUAAUGCUGUUGGUUAUGAGACCUCUGCAACUAACGGCAACCAGAUAGGAAUCACUGGCUAUCUCGAGCAAUACGUAAACAAUGACGACCUACAGCAAUUCUUCGAAACGUAUGCUCCUGCUGCCUGUGGGUCAAACUACACACUGGUUUCUAUCAAUGGUGGCCAGAAUAACCAAAGCGUUGCAGCAGCUGGGGAGGAGGCAAACCUAGACUCUCAGUACGCAUUUGGAUUGACCUACCCUACCCCCGGAACGUUUUAUACCACUGCGGGCUCUCCACCUUUUGAUCCCGAUGCACGUACUCCAAACAAUACCAACGAACCAUAUAGUUAUUGGUUGGAAUACGUGCUCUCAGCAGAGAACUUGCCCCAAACGAUAUCUACUAGCUAUGGCGACGACGAACAGACCGUCCCCGAGUCGUAUGCGAAUCGUGUGUGCACCGGAUUUGCUGCACUUGGCGCACGUGGUGUCUCCAUUACGUUCUCUUCCGGUGAUAUAGGUGUUGGAGACGGUGACCCCAACCCAGAAACUCAGAAAUGCUUCAGUAACGACGGUCGGAACGCCACGAUGUUCAUCCCAACGUUCCCAGCUGCUUGCCCAUACGUCACAACCGUCGGCGGCACCGCUCACAUACCCGAAACUGCUGCGUCGUUCUCUUCUGGAGGAUUCAGCAAUUAUUUCUCCCGUCCUUCUUACCAAGACGAAGCAGUUUCCGAAUACCUGUCAAAACUUCCUCCGGGCACAUAUGAGGGCUUGUAUAACCCAGAUGGGCGUGCUUAUCCUGAUGUCUCUGCCCAAUCGGAAUGGUUCAUGAUAGCUUAUCAGGGCAAGUUUACGUACAUUGGGGGUACCUCAGCAUCUAGCCCAACCUUUGCUUCGAUCACUUCCAUGUUGAACGAUGCGCGCAUUAGUGCGGGGAAGAAGAGUCUCGGUUUCCUGAACCCAUGGCUCUACUCCGCGGGCUAUGCAGGGUUGAAUGAUAUCACCACGGGCAAUAACCCGGGGUGCGGUACGGAGGGCUUUAAUGCUACUACCGGUUGGGAUCCAGUCACUGGACUUGGAACACCGAAUUUCGAGAAAUUAAAAGAGCUCGCUUUGCAGCUCCCAUGAUGUAAUAUCAUGGAGAACACUAAUUGCAGUAACAGACACUUUCUUUGAGGUAGUCACUAUCAGAACUGCAUUAUUACCAACUUAUCGCGAGCGGACCAAUAAUAGAUAUAAGGACUGGUACAUAUUCUGACAGUUAUCUUCGCAUCCUCUUCUUAAAUCUUUCCAUAACCUGAGGGAAAGUAUUGAGUGGCAGGUAAAAAGGUCAACACAACGUUCUACGUACUAUAUCAUCUGUAGCCAUCUGUGGCCGGUCGUUACGGGGUCGGCGCUCCUCUGGCACAGGCAACCCCAUAGCCUGCAACUUCGCGUUUCUCAUGAUUUCCGCAUCAGACUUCUGCUUGAUGUGCGGACGGUAGA